GCUGACUAGGUAUCGAGGUAUCUAGGUAUCCAUCUACGAUACGUGCGUGCGCGCGUGCAUACGUGCCCGGGGCAGCAGGCGGUGAAACCACCUACAAGGACACACACACGUGUGUACACACACAGCUGGGACGGGACUCGGGAGUGUGGGGGGGAAAAGCGGGUGCGGGCGUGCGUGUUGUACCACGAGGUGGUAGGCACCUACCUACCUAGAUGUGUUGGCAGAUAGCCGACGACGACAACGAUGACAACCUUAGGCAGACGACCAGCCAGCAAGCAAGCAAGCAGCAGCAGCAGCAGCAGCAGCAACACAGCGCAGCAGCACGCGUGCUCCCUCGAACGAACCCCCUAGGUCGAUUCAUGUCGUUGUUGUCGUCGUUGUUGUUCUACAGCCACCUAGCCACGUACGUCUCUACCUAGACGCACAGCUCAAAACCUCGCUCGCUCGCACACACAGAUACCCUGCUGCUCCUACUACUACGUACCUACCUACUGCUUCUGCCUUGGGUGGUCUGCGCCGGCGGCCAGCACAACAACAACAACAACGACACCUGGUAACGACACGCGCGGCGCACGGCGCCGAGCUACGAGCGAAGUGCCCGAUCACCGCCCGGGUGACUUGCUGUCUGUCCGUCCUAUCUAGGCAGGCGGAUGGGUGGUGCACUGGCCGAGCUGCUUGCUGACUCACCUUACCUUCGGAUGUCCCGUCUGCCUGCCCACCCACACAUAGCGCCAACAACGCCACCAACGCCUCCCUUGUCGCAUGUCCCUCUGCCGAUGGACAUCUAGCAUGCCUCGCCUCGCGCCGAAAGCCGCAGUGGGUAGGUAGA